UAUCGCUAUACAACUAUAAUUAUUACAGGAGUAUGUAUAUACUGUAUGUACUGCACACACACUGGGCAGGUGCUAUGCAUACCACUAUCAAAAUUUCCCCGUUCAAAGGCACGCCUUGUGAGCGUAUUAUAAUGAUAUACACGAGGCAGUCAACUCUUCCCCGGCCCUCUGGCCCUCUUGCCCUCCGGAAUCUUUAGUUCUUUCGCCCUGUUGGCUGUUUCUAUAGCACGACGGCCAGACCUCGAUCUCACUGUGGAAGGUACUCUUUUAGUUGUCCGUGAGAAAGCCUUUGCAAGUGAGACCUAAGAGUA